ACGUCCACGAUCUGAGUUCUUACUUCGCACGGAGCCCUUCUCAGGUCGCAGCGAAUUAAACGUGCUUACCUAAUUCAACACCAGAAUCGGGGUACACCUCAACCCCAUGUUGUUCAUUGCGGGCUGCCUACUGAAUCAUCCUCUCCGAACCAGCACUCAGACUUGACUAGCCGCGAUUUCUUUCGAAGGCGCUGACCCUAUUCAUAGCAAAAAUGAGUUUCUUCACGUCAAGUUCGAAGAAAAGUCCCCCUUUCAGGCGUCCAGUCAUGGAGGGCGGCAGCUUCUAUUUCGCCUACGGCAGCAACCUUCAUCUCACGCAGAUGGCUAAUCGGUGCCCUGCAAGUAUUUUCAAAGGAAAAGCCGUGCUAUCUGGCUACAGAUGGCAAAUCAAUGAUCGGGGGGUUGCCAAUGUGGUACGAUCCCCCGAUGACUCUGUGGAGGGUCUCCUUUACCUCGUCAAUCCGAAAGAUGAGAGAUCACUAGAUCGCUCCGAGGGCGUGGGUAAAGGCUUUUACCAGAAGCACUUGUUGAAAGUUGCUUUUGAACCUCACCGAAACUUCGAAACCCGAAAAUCUUUCGAAGUCGCUGAAUUAAUCGCACAGUUGGGGAGUGUGCAAGAAACCACGGGGUCGAUAUCGCAAGGUCUAAGUCUAAGUGAUACCUUAGAUCGGAUGACCCCAGAGACAUCCAUGGAUCGAAAAACAAGUGCUUCAAACCCCGACUAUGCUAAUAAUAACGAGCCUAGUGACAUCAAGGAUGUCAAGGCGCUAGUUUAUGUGAGCGAGAAAUACACCACUGACGGCCCGAUCCGUGAGGAGUACGUUCUACGCAUGAAAAAGGCAAUUUUGGACGCGGAAAUCUUAGGGGUAUCUCGGUCGUUCGUGGACAAAUAUGUCAAUCCAUGCUUGGAAAAGAGAAAUGAAACUCUGUCCGGUCCAAAUCACCUCAGAGGAGGGGGCAGCGUAGCCAAGCCACAUGGUGAUGGUGGUUCAAUGAAGGCUAAGACCAAGCGCCUGGGGGAAGUUGGGGGGCCGACUCCUGAGAGACCACAACCUCUAGUCUCCGAGGUCGAAAGCGGUGCCCUUGACCUUGUGGACUUCCAAGAGCUACAUUAUGCCAAUCGUGAGCGGCAUACGGACUCAGGCCUCGAUCUUCCGGCGGACAUGUUAGGCGCGAUCAAGUCAGCGUGCCCUAAGGCCACGCUGAAUGAAUACCAGAUGACCUAUGUCGUCUAUGCCAACGAAGACAAACCCGGCUCGAUACCACGCUUCGACAUCCUGGCAACGUCGUGGGACUUGGAACUGGCGAACGAGCUCGCCAUCAAACACUUCCGAGACGCCUAUUCCCGGCUCUUCCCCGGCAUCGCGGGUGGGGCUCAAGUAUAUCGGGCGGAGCUGGAUGGUGCUAGCACGCGGCCCGGCCCGUUCAACUGGACGUUGGAUAGACAUGCAUGCAUCCAACUUGAUGCCACGGCGCCGAACAGCGGCCGCAUCAUUGUUCGGGUCGACGCACAGAAGCUCUUGGCGAGGAAAUGAGACAGGCCAGAGCAAAUUCAGUUCGUUAUCAUCCAAAGUAGACGCUGUAAAAUCACCGGCCCGAUCGGGAGGAUCAGAGCUAUUGGGCGCAAAGACUGAAUUCAAGUACCUACUCCAUAGCGGCGGGUUGGGUCAGUUGUUGUUGUUGUUGUAGUUUUUAACGUCGUGAGGGGCAGUCUAUCCGCCGUAACUCUGACCUCCCUUGGGGUACUAGGACGUAGUGAGCUAUAGCUAGGUUGGUUACAUAAAGUUAUUCCUAUAAGGUUUCUGUUAAAUCUCCCUUUUCCGGUCUUCCCUUUCUAUAUCCCUUUUAUCGUAAUUAAAUUAUUAAAUUAUACCUUCCGUAAG